AUCUCAAUGAUAUCCAGUUGAACUUACUACAAUGCUCCUCCCUGCACCGGUGUCCAUGUCCGCAGCAACGGCCAGACUAAAACUACUGCGCCGUCCUCGAUGGAUUGCUGCCGUUCUGGUCCUCUUUUUUCUUUGGCUGGCCCUUCCUUUGCUUUCCAAUCGCCCACCACCACCACCUUUUCCAUUUCCCCCUCCCCCCCGUUCUGCUACGGCCAACCGCAUUCGAAGUGCAUUCAUACACGCCUAUACCGGUUAUCUCACCCAUGCGUUCCCAGAUGACGAGCUCCGUCCCCUCAGUCUCAGGAACGCGACCAAUCUUAAUGGAUGGGGUCUCACCGUCUUCGACGGGCUGGAUACUAUGUGGAUCAUGGGUAUCCCAGAAUUAUGGGACCACGCCAUAGAGUACAUCGCAGAACACCGGUUCCAGAUGCGACCCAAAGACUUUGCACCGUUCUUUGAGACCAACAUUCGUUACCUCGGAGGCAUGCUUAGUGCCUACGCUCUGUCGGGUAACCCUCUGUUACUCGAGAAGGCAGACGAGCUAGGUGCUCUGAUGUUACCAGCCCUAGACACACCCUCAGGAUUACCAGCAUUUGCUGUAAACCCCCAAUCUGGCUUGACGCGACCAGGGUGGACUGGAGGUACAUUGUGGGCGGAAGCUCUCAGUUGUCAACUGGAGUACAAGUAUCUUGCUCACCUUACUUCCAACCCGAUCUAUUUCAAUAAGGUCGAGGAUAUCAUGGCUAUGAUGGAAACGGCAAACUUGACUGGACCUGGUCUGUUCCCAACAGUAUGGGACACAAAGACCGGAACGUCCAAGGGACGUGUCUUCAGCGCAGGAGCGUUUGCUGAUAGCGCUCAUGAAUAUUUCCUCAAGCAAUAUCUCCUCACCUCACAUUCGGAGCCACGUGCAUUGUCAUUAUAUAUUGAUGUGGCGGAGGCCAUCAUUAACCACUUGCUCUACUAUCUGCCUGACCGCGACUUCCUUUACGUGACAGACAUCGACCUGCCCACUAUGAAGCCUUCAUAUAAAUUCGAGCAUCUUUCUUGUUUUCUCCCUGGCAUGUUCAUGCUGGGUGUGCAUACGCUAUCCGAUGAACUCACCCCCGAGCAGACGACGAAACACCAAUGGGCGGCCAGAGGACUGGCCAAAGCAUGUUGGCUCACGUACGCAGACAUGCCUUCCGGCCUAGGUCCAGACGAGGUCAUCAUGCAGAAAGCAGGUUCAUUGCCUUGGGUUCGUGCUUACGCAGAAUGGCAGCGGGAGGGAGGAGAAAGCGAAGCCCCGGGAUCCCGCGAGACUGAACCUGAACCUGAGCGGGACCUUCGUGGUUACAAAGUCAGGAAAAGCGCGUAUUUGCUUAGGCCUGAGGCUCUGGAAAGCUUCUACAUUUUGUGGAGGCUUGGGGAAGGUGAUGUCUGGAAAGAGCGCUCGUGGAAAGUUUUUGAGGCGAUCGAGGUGGUGGCCAGGACACCUGAGGCAUAUGCGAGCGUCACUGAUGUUGAUAAUACAGUAUUAGAUGGGGAAUUCAAGUUGAAAGACGAGAUGCCGAGUUACUUUCUGGCAGAAACGCUGAAAUACUUGUAUCUUAUGUUCAACUCUGACGUUGAAUAUCCCUUUGAGGAUUGGGUUUUUAAUACAGAGGCUCAUCUGCUGCCGGUGUUCCGUUGGAGUGAAGCGGAGAAGUUGGCUUAUAACAUAUCUUCAUGACUCGGACAGGCUUUCGUGUAAUCAUCCCGCAUCUUCUCGUUAUAUUUGCCGACUUUUCAGUGGAAAGAUCUCACUAGCCCCCGGCCUGUGAGCCAAAUCGCAGCAUUGUUAAGCCAACACUUACACCAGGGUCCAGCAUACGCUCUCGCAUUAUGAUUUUACCUUGCUUGCCAAGGUCUCCGUAGGUCCAAAUUCCUUUGAUUACAAGGCCAACCAUUUCCACUGCUGUGCUGCUCUGAGACUUAGAU